CUUGGCAUCCCGGGAAGGAUAUACCUAGCGCUUGCUUGACUCGACUUCAUCUUCACCUGCCUCUAGUAUAUUUGAGCUUCUCCCAUCCAACCUCUUUUCAACUGCACCCCAUUUCUCACGCAAACUUCAGCUCAGCUCCUCUGCCUCUUUUUCACGUCUUCCUCUCGAGUAUCGCCUAUCGCGCCGGCCCCGGAGCUCUUUGGAUACCUUCAUAACCCCACAUUCGGAAACAACAUCAACCGCCAUCAUGAGUAGCCCACGCCGCAGAAUCGAGACUGAUGUCAUGAAGUGCGCUGUCAUCUCUGCCCUCUCGCUUGCGGUAUUGCUAACACGAUUACAGGAUGUAUGGAACUCAAUAUAAGCCACUGUUUCUACGAUGACACUGACACCAAUAGGCUUAUGAGUGACUACGAAGUUACACUUGUUAAUGACAACAUGUAAGCUUCCAAUUCCACUUUCACCGACUCCAGCCUAUUUCCUGACCGAUCCUUUUAGGCAAGAAUUCUUUGUUCGCUUCAAAGGACCAGCUGAGACUCCAUUUGAGGGCGGAAUGUGGAAGGUUCAUGUCGAACUUCCCGACACCUACCCUUACAAGUCCCCUAGCAUUGGCUUCGUCAACCGAAUCUUUCACCCAAACAUCGACGAGCUGUCCGGUUCGGUUUGUCUCGAUGUUAUUAACCAGACUUGGUCGCCCAUGUUCGACAUGAUCAACAUUUUCGAGGUUUUCCUUCCUCAACUCCUGCGAUACCCCAACCCUACCGACCCCCUCAACGGCGAGGCAGCGGCCUUAUUGAUUCGAGAACCAAAGAGCUAUGAUGCCAAGGUCAAAGGUGCGUGUGCAUGGGUCCUUGAAACAGACAAACUGCUCAUGAUAGUAGAAUACGUCCAGAAAUAUGCCUCCAAGGAUGCAGCAGACGAAGCCGGAGCCGAAAGCGAAGACGAUGACGAACUCUCCUCAGUGGCCAGUUUCGGAGACGACGAUGAAGAGCCUGCAGGACAGAUGGACGAUGUAUAAGCCCGUCUACAAGCGCAUUCACUUGGGCGAGCGUUUCGAUUCACAUAUGGCGUCAUGGGACCGAGGCACGGAUUAGGGCUAUCAUUGGACGGAGUUGCAGUAACCUCGCGCAGGCUUGGACUCGGAUCGAAUUUGUUUCUUGGCAUUAGUUUGACACAUGUUGCACACAAAGCUUCGCUUGUGCUCAUCGGAGGGCGGUCGAACGAAACAGCCCCAACUGGAUGUCAUGAUUGCUGGUGAUGGGACUGGACGUCAGGACCUCGAAAGCAGUCUGGACGCGAUGGUUGGCUUUUCGCUCUCUGCCAAAGAUGCACAGCAGAAGGACAGGAUUUGAAUAUUAAAUCAAUAAAUUGGGUUGAGCCCGGGUAUCAUAUCUAUAAUUAUUCUAAAAAGCCAGCGCCUAUAGUGAAAUGCUUAGUCGGAGUCGUAGUCAACCAGGCCUGCUGGCGAAGCGGGCGCCUGCGCCUUGGAUGGUGGCUCCAGAUUCCGCGACUCUGUUUCUUGUGGUGAUCUCUUCCGCUUCACACCUGGCAGUCUAGCCGGUCCUUUCGUCUCAUGUCGUUUGUCGAUCAGGAAAGGAUCCUUGGAGGCCCGAGUAUUGCCCAUAAGUUCCGACACCAGCGCAUCUUUACGUUUUGAAACCUCCUUAUCAG